AUGGCCACGCCCGUGCUGUCUCCUGUUUGGCAGCAGCAAGAGCAGCAGAUGCAGCAGCAGAUGCAGCAGCAGGUGCAGCAGCAGCUGCAGCAGCAGCAGCUGCAGCAGCAGCAGAUGCAGCACCAGCAGAUGCAGGAGCAACUGCUGCUGCAAAGCCGACAGCCGCAUAAGCAUUUCGCCUGGCAGCAGCCCGCGCCCCACUAUACUGCUCUUCUGCAGCAACAGCAGCAGCAACAGCAGCAGCAGCAGCAACAGCAGCAGCAGCAGCAGCAGCAGCAACAAAGUGUGCUGCAGCACCAAGGGGGGCAGUCCCCCACGCUCAUGAGUCUUCAAGAACAGCAGCAGCACCCGCAAGCUCGGCUGCUGCCGCUGCAGCAGCAGCAGCAGCAGCAGCAGCAGCAGCUGCGCAGCAGCACGAGCAGCAACUGCGGCGCUUGCACCAGCAGUGCUAGCCGUUGCAGGAGCCAAUUCAGCAGCAACAGCAGCAGCAGCAGCAGCAGUACCUGCUGCUGCAGCAGCAGCAGGGGCAGCAGCAACAACGGCUGCCUGCAGCCUCGGCGCAGCCGACAGACGCAUAAGCAUUUCGCCUGGCAGCAGCCCGCGCCCCACUAUACUGCUCUUCUGCAGCAACAGCAGCAGCAACAGCAGCAGCAGCAGCAACAGCAGCAGCAGCAGCAGCAGCAGCAAAGUGUGCUGCAGCACCAAGGGGGGCAGUCUCCCACGCUCAUGAGUCUUCAAGAACAACAGCAGCACCCGCAAGCUCGGCUGCUGCCGCUGCAGCAGCAGCAGCAGCAGCAGCAGCAGCAGCUGCGCCACCACCACCAUUCAGACCUAGCGUCAACGUACCAUGGCUGUGAAGCCUUAUCGUUUGCUGCUAAAAAUAUACAACAGCAGCAGCAGCAGCAGCUCGAGCAGCAGCUGCUGCAGCCAGUGUUGUUGCCGCAGCAGCAACAGCAACUGCAGCAGCAACAACUGCAGCAAUUGCAGCAACAGCAAUUGCAGCAAAACCAACUGCAGCAGCAGCAUUUGCAGCAACAGCAGCUGCAGCAACAGCAACUGCAGCAGCAGCAGCUGCAGCAGCUGCUGCUGCCACAACACUACUAA